GUCUGAGGCGACCGCAGGCGAUUGGUGUCGAUGCCCGCCCCAGUGCGUUGAAUCAGAGGCAACGCCACUCGCCACAACUUAUAGUCCGCCGAGGAACAGUGUGGCACUCCCCACCUCAUCGCCAUGACCGUAGAACAUAGCAAGGAGAUCGCGACGCCAGCACACAGCGAGCAUUCAAAGGAGGGUGGCAACAUCACGGUCGUCGAGCGCGAGGCCGACCUCGACGGCGAUGAAGGCCUCCACGAGCUCGGGUACAAGGCUGAGCUGCACCGUGUGCGAGGCUUCAGAGAGAUCUUCUCCAUGUCGCUCACUUGCAUGGCGGUCCCUUACGGUUAUGGCACAGCGCUCUACGUCGGCAUCAUUGGCGGCGGGCCGCUCACUCUCAUCUGGGGUGCCGCCGUCGUAACAGUGCUCCAGUGGGCCGUUGCAUUCUCGCUCGGCGAGCUUGCUUCACGCUGGCCAACCUCAGCCGGUGCUUACUACUGGACGUUCCAGUUGGCGCCGAAGCGAUUCCGAACCGUGCUGUCGUACAUCAACGGCUGGAUGCUCCUCACCGCGCUCCUUCUGACCACAACCUCCGUCGCCUUCGGUAUGAGUCAGCACAUCAUCGGCACCAUCAAUAUCACUAAGCCCGAGUGGACCCCAGACCGCUGGGUUUACAUUCUCGUGGCCUAUGCGCUCAUCGCUGCCGCCUCGGUGCCGCUUAUGAUGCCACCACGUAUUCUCACCAUCCUUGAACAGACCAACGUGGUCAUGAUUUGGGUAUACAAGAUCGCUCACAUCAUUGUACUCUCGGUGCGGGCCAAGGCCGGCCGCCGCUCGGCCAAGUAUGCCUUCACGCAGUACGACCCAAGCUUCUCCGGGUGGGGUCAAGUGUGGACGUUCUUCAUCGGGUUUCUCCCUGCUGCCUACGCAAACGCUGCGCCAGGUUUCGUCCUUGCUAUGACGGAGGAGACUCACAGGCCAGAGAUCAACGUCCCUCGCGCCAUGUCGUACACUAUGCUCCCAGCCUCUCUCGUGAUGGCAUGGGCCUUCCUCCUUCCACUGACAUUCACCAUGCCGUCAAGCGAGGAGCUUCUCGAAGCCCCCGGCGGUAUCAUCCUCCCGUACGCGUACAAACUUAUCGUCGGCAACGACACAGGCGCCAUCCUCCUCAUGUUUGGCAUGCUCUACAUGGGCUUCAACUGCCUGGUGGGCAUCAACUGCACAGCCUCGCGCCAGCUCUGGUCCUUCUCGCGCGACCACGCAGUUCCGGGCUCCAAGAUCUGGUCGCGCGUCAACAAGAGCGGCAACGUGCCCUAUGCCAUCGCGCUUUGCCUCGUCAUUCAAUGCCUCCUGUGUCUUAUCGACCUCGGCAGCAGCGUCGCCUUCAACUCAUUCGUCAGCACGGCGGUCAACGCCUUCGCCGCGUCCUACAUGCUUCCUGUGCUGCUCAGUGUGCUCGAAAAGCGACGCAGCAUCGCAUCGGCGCCCUUUACACGCCACACUGUUGGAUGGAUCUGCAACAUCGUCGUGCUUGUGUGGGUGCCACUUGCUCUCGUCAUCUUCAGCAUGCCCGUCGCGCUGCCAGUCACGCCCGAGAGCAUGAACUACGCCAGUGUCGUGUUCGGUGGCUUCAUCACCAUCGCUGCGGUUUGGUACCUCGUUUACGCGCGACGCGUCUACGAAGGGCCGCCCGAGAGUAUGGGUCUGUAGGAAGGGGGUUGUCAGUUGUAAAGGGUACUAGGCUUAGAUUGGAACAGCGCAGUAUGCACAGGAUAUUGUGAUCUGAGCU